UUGAUGGUCCCGUAUGGCCAUGCAAUGAUAUUGCAUGGUUAGGGUGGUUUGAUUGACAGAGUAUUGUUCCUCAUGCUGGGACUCUCUCUUUUGGUUAAGGUUACUUUCUCUCAACAACGCUUUCUUUUGGUUCCAAUUACAACCACUUGCAAACAAUCACACACCAAGGGGUCUCUGAAAGUGUUGGUCCAUUCUGAAUCAAAGUGAUGGCAGAGGAAAGUAGUCUUAACCAGUUAGAGUCUGAGAAAAUUGAGCCAGAAGAUGUUGAAGAGAAAGCAAAUCUUGAUGAGAUUUUAACCGUCAAAAAAGUUCCACCGAAGAUUGUUUCGCGUUAUCUUGGUGGUACAAAAAGUUCCUGCCAUGAUGUUUGCAAAUAUGGCAUCCCACAGGUCGUUGAAGCCAAACCAUGGAUACUAACACUGAGAAGGGUUACCACAAAGGAAUGGAAACCCAAAGUUUCAGAAGAGAAUGUGAAUACUUUGGCAUGGAGAAAAAAAUCAAGGCCUUCUCAAACACCAAAAAUUGAGAGAACCAAUAGUGCAGUUGACAUCAAGGAAGUAGUAACCUAUGAAGAAACAGUUACAUCAGAGAAAAACUCACCACCUUUUGAAGAAACAGAUGUUCCCUCGGAGCAUAACAACAUAAAGCAAGAACAGGAAUGUUCCAAAAGUGAAACGAAAGGGGAAGUGGUAAAAAACAAAAGUCCUGGUUCAAACAGCAGAAGCAAACAGACCAGGAAACCUUCAACUGGAGGCAAGAAAAGAUCAACAACCUCAACAAGUCUUGCAUUGUCUUCAAAACGCAGUGGGAAGAAACCUCGAAGCAUAAGUUCCAAUGGACCCAAGAACAUGACAAGAGAGUCUUCUAUGAAACUUCCUGAGAAUGUUGAAGCCAAACCUGAACUAGCCAGCGAUGACAACGUACCAGAAAAGAUCCUUCAUGUCGCUGAACCUGUCUCUGCAAAUUCAUCUGAGGACCCUACCGUGGCUUGUGAUGAUGAAACUAAGUUAUCUGAACCUUCACUUUCAUCACCAGGGGACAGAACCUUGAAUCACACCAAUAAGAAAAAUUGCAAGUCUCCUGCGUCGUCUGUAUCUUCACGGAAGGGCCUUAGAUCUGUGGCCGGGAACAAAGGGAAGGUAAUUACGCAGCUCAAAAGGCGCAGUCUUCCACUAUCACCAUCACCACCUUCUUCGUCAUCAUCAUCUAUUUUCACUUCCAAAUCUUUCCCUGUGAAACAAAAUAAUGCUGUAUCAAGGUUCAACAAAAGACGAUAUGAUCAUCAUCAAGGUGAAGAUGUGAAGAUGGGUUACAGAAUCAGGCCAAAAAUGAGCACAAAAGUUGGGUUCGCCAAUAAAAAUGGCGUUGCAUCCCGGAAAUUGAAUUUUAGGAGAGGUAGAGUGAUUGAACUUCAGCCUCAGAUGAACAACGUUCCAAGGAGACUCAAAUUCAGGCCAGCACGCAUUCUUGAUGAUGACAUGCGAAGAGAUAUAAAUGGUGCAAGAAAAAGUAUGAUUGAGGAUAAUAAAGUAGGUGGUGGUGAGGUAAAUGCUGCAAAUACAAAAGCAGAGAAACUUAGAGGAAAACUCAGAAACGUGGAAGGAAGCAAAAGGAGAAUUAUUGUUGGGAGGAAGGUUGGUGGGGAUAAGAGCAAGAUAGGGGGUUCAAAAUCAGGAUCUGAUGAGAACGUGGUUUUGAAGCAUCAAGAUGUGGAGGGGAAGAAACAAAAUCCACGUUUGUAUAAUAAUGUGAUUGAAGAGACCGCAAGUAUUCUUACUGAGCAGAGGAAGAGCAAAGUUAAGGCUCUAGUUGGUGCAUUUGAAACCGUGAUAUCUCUUGAUUCUCAUAAAGAUGCCACUGCAGCGGAAGUAAGCACAAGUUGAGUUACCUAAGGAUUCUUGUGUAUUCAACUUCAACAUACAUAUAACUGUUUAUUUGGUGCUUGGGUUUAUUUGGCUAAUGAUGUUAAUGGUGUUUUAAUGUUUCCUUUGGUGUUGCUGAUAAAAAAAAACUGUUUCCUUUGGUCUCAUUAAGAUUUGAGGAAUAACACUAUUUCUCUGGAGUGUGUUGAGUGGGAUGUUGUUCCUUAAUGAUAUAGCAUUUCUGCUCUGAA